AUUGCUUGUAAGAAAUUGUUGGUGCCAUCAUGUCAAAAAGACCAUCUUAUGCGCCGCCUCCUGCCCCGGCUCCCACCACUCAAAUGCCCAGCACCCCAGGGUUUGUGGGAUACAAUCCAUACAGUCAUCUGGCCUACAACAACUACAGGCUGGGAGGGAACCCAGGCACCAACAGCCGGGUCACGGUAGGAGUAUUAACUAUUCCACUGCAACAAAAAAAGGAUUCUUGUGGCUCCUCGGCCCCAUUCCACAACGGAACUCCACGUGCGUCCAGUAUAGUCGGCAGGGAGAAGACAUCGUCAGGCAUCACUAUUCCAAAGCCCCCGAAGCCUCCAGACAAGCCCUUGAUGCCCUACAUGCGCUACAGCAGAAAGGUAUGGGACCAGGUUAAGGCUUCCAAUCCUGAUCUGAAGCUGUGGGAAAUAGGGAAAAUCAUUGGUGGAAUGUGGCGGGAUCUCACAGAUGAGGAAAAGCAGGAAUAUCUGAAUGACUAUGAAGCAGAGAAGGUCGAGUAUAAUGAAGCCAUGAAAGCAUACCACAGCUCUCCUGCAUAUCUUGCCUACAUCAAUGCAAAGAGCAGGGCAGAGGCAGCUCUUGAGGAGGAGAGUCGCCAGCGUCAGUCAAGGAUAGAGAAGGGGGAACCUUACAUGAGUAUCCAACCAGCUGAGGACCCUGAUGAUUAUGAUGAUGGCUUCUCGAUGAAGCACAUCUCUGCGGCCCGCUUCCAGAGGAACCAUCGCUUGAUAAGUGAGAUUCUGAGUGAGAGUGUGGUGCCGGAUGUUCGUUCUGUGGUGACUACAGCACGGAUGCAGGUUCUGAAACGGCAGGUGCAGUCCCUGAUGGUUCACCAGCGCAAGUUGGAAGCGGAGCUGCUUCAGAUUGAGGAUCGCCACCAAGACAAGAAACGGAAAUUUCUUGAAACUACACAGCUGUUUAAUAGUGAGCUGAAACAGUUAUGCAAUCUGAAGGUGGAAGUUGACAUGGAGAAGAUCGCGGCUGAAAUUGCCCAGACCGAAGAACAGGCCCGCAAGCGGCAGGAGGAGAGGGAGAAGGAGGCGGAACAUGUGGACCAACGCCAGAGCAACACUCCUGACGAGCCCCCCAGUGGCAGUGAGGCUGAAGAGUCCAAAGUGGAGGAACCACCAAUGGACAUAGAUGAACCCCGCAACGACGAGACAUCAGAGACCCAACAGAGUAGUGAAGAGAGCACGGCAACUCCAGAGGACAAAGAGGGGUGUCCGGACACAACAGACAGCAGUGUGGAGCAGGGAGCGAGCGAGAGCACCUCUGGCACAGAGAGCAACAGUGCAAUGGCUGAGGAAAGCCUACCCGAGCCCCCACUGGAGAGUGAAGAAAAGAAAGAAUGACUUCAACAGAUACAAACUUUUCAUUCCAGUUAGUUGUAAUACUUUAUUAGAAUCAUCCUUUUAAAAAAUUCUAUCUGUUUAUGUUAGAAGGAUUUUGUUUUUACACAUGUAAUGCCAGCACAAUGGAUUCCUUCUGCACAACCAUUAAUGCCAUUUCCCUUUUGAGAUUGUGGUUCAAAGUGGUAUGUACGUUACAAAAGGGUGUAUGGAAAUGACCAUAAACCUACAAGUACUGUAUGCUAUGUUUAGACCAGGGGGGUUGUCUUUGGAUCCAUACAAAGGAAUAUUUAUUUUCCUCUUAAAUAACGCGUAUUUGAAUCACACUUUCAAAUGCAUCAACUGAACGGUCAGCUUUCAUAAUUAGUUUUCUGUGACCUCCAUGUAUUUUUACUGUGUUUUUAAAUUUCCAAGUCAUGGUCCAAGACAUAGAUUUUCCAGUCAGACUUCCCGCAACCCAAACUAUUCACUGUGAACCACAGCUUUGCCACUUCCUGGAGAUCUUAUCCUGUUACCACCGUACAGAUACAGAUUACAUUCUGGCACUGCAUAUCUCCCUGGAAUUGGUUUUGUGGCUAUUGGGCCUGAGGUGGCUGGAAGUUCACCCAUCGCAUGAGUCUGGUCAGUGCUUUGUUGUUGAAUUCCUCUUGAGCCAUGUACCCUGUAAUACAUUAAACUGGCCAUGAGAGUUAUUGAACUAGUCGAGUUACUCGUAUACAGCUGCAGGUUCCUGUCUGUCUCCCCUGCUGCUGAAAGACAAAUUCAUUUCACAAAUAUUAUAAUGCAAACAGCAAAUAUUGCUAGCCCUCAGAAUGUCAGGCAGCAUCUGAAGAGAGUAAAGAGCCACGUUUAACCUGAUAAUCUUUCGUCAAUGUUAAAUCUGAAAUCUGUUUCUCUCAUCAGAGGUGAGUGCUGCCUGCCAGCAGUUUCUGUUUUUAUUUCAUAUUUUGAGAAUCCACAGUAUUUUGCUUUUUAAUAAUGUCACAAGAUAGUUAUAACCGUGGAGCUGCUGAAUGGUGCCGUUUGAUGCCGCAUGAAAUUGCUUUGCCAACACCUUCCCUGCCAAGGGCCAGCGUUGGGAUUGAGCUUUCGUUGUGCCCCAGGAAGAUGGGCCAUUCAAGCAGGGAUCACCGAUCGCACAGGGUGCUUUGCUCCAAUUGCCACCACUCUGUGUCUUGUACUGUGGCACACUGCAUUACAUUAUUUUUUAAACUUCCUCACCACAAUAAAAGCGAAGCUGAAUAUAA